GUUUGAAAGUUUUGCAGCUUUUGUAUACGUGUGUGUGUCUGAACAAGCGGGCAGCAUCUGCGCACACGAUGAGCGUAUGUUUUCGUGGAGGGAAACAACAUUCGUCAGGCAACAGUUGCGGACUUCGGAUCGGACGCAGUAGGCUGCUACGGGGAGUGUGCAGAGUUGGUUUCGUCGUCUUUUCCAGCGUGGGAGAUGAUCACACAACAUCAAUAGGCCUCUUGAGUGUAGUGCAAAAGUGUGUAGUGCCCUGUGCCACUGUAUAAUAGUGAUCUGCAAACCAAUGGCUCGGAUGUAAAACAGGCCAAAACAGAAAACAUAAAUAAGCUCUGCUCGGGGUGUGUGUCAGCAGACGCACGUAUUGUACGAACGUCAAACCGAUCCCAGCCUACAACAGGACACAGAAGAGAUGGCGGAUAACUUGGCCCAUAAAGUGCUUAUGUACGCGCUGCUGUUUUUCUUCGUGGUAGUGGUUGUGUUCUUCUGCUACGCAAUGAUUCUGCACACCGAACAGUCGCAGAUUUGGAGCACGAUCAAGGAUCGAGGGGCGAGUCGUACCAUGCCAAACGGUACCACCAACUACUGGUACUACAUUGUGCGAGACAUGGACAAGAUACGCAACAUGACGGACGUACUUUACCUGGAUCGUUCGACGCACAUCGUACCAACACCGGUCGGCUUCAAGGUGGUCGGCAAGGACUUUGAGAUACACUUCGAUCACAUCAACGUCACGAGUGAGGACGGACACCCUCACCAACAACCCCAGCAGGACUUUAUACCAACGCUGUUAAAGCGGAAGACGAACGUAUGGGAGAUCACCCGUCGCCAUCCUACCGCCAACAUUACGGUACCGGUGUUUAUGGGCAAGCACGACAAGCAAGUCAUUCCGCCGUAUCAAAAUGCUAUUCCACCGUCCGAUUCGGACACUAAAAAGGAGUAGCCUACUAUGAUGGUGGCCAAUCGAAGCCAGUUAGCCAGUUAACCAGUGCAUAAGGUGUUAGGAAUUCUAAACAGUCAGCUAGCAGCAUGGACUUGGUGAAUAGAUAGGUCCCUGUUUUUUGUGGGUUUGUGACAACGAUUAUGAUGCGUGAUGACUAAAGGUUGUAUAAAGUUUUUUUCUUAUAAAAGAAACAGCUGUUAGCAAAGUAAAAGGGGAGCCAAAGAGGGAACGUUGUGCUGUUUUGCUUAAAGCUUAUAUAUUAGGUUAAGAGAAGAGCCAUUUUGUUUACUUCUCACAACGAAAACGUUAUAUUAUUUGACAUUGUUAUUGAUUUGCUUGAUGUACUGAGUUUUCUUUAUUUGAAUGGACAUGAAGUUGAAGUACUUGCGUAUUAUAUAUUACCCACAUUACGGUAUAGCAAAGUGAAAUAGGCAGUAAGCCACAAAUGUUAAAAAAAUAACGUAUAAUUAGGACUGUUGAAUUGGACAACCAUUUUUCAUGCAUUUAUCUUCAAGUUCAAUUGUACAAUGAAAUCAGUUUGAGAUAGUAUUAAAAUGUUGAAGAGAUGAUUUUUUGAAAGCAUAACUCUAGAAAACAAUAGAAAAACGCUACAGCAGUAUCCAUGAAAAAUAGAAAUAGACAAAAUGGAGGCUGGGUGGCAAUAAAAUGGAGUGUUUUAUUACUAUUAGAAAAAUAUAAAACGGAAAAGUAUAUUGAAGAAAUCGAACAUUCUGAUAAGCGUAUGUAGAAGAAGGACACAAAACAGCAGUGGUAUUUUUUUAACAGCAAACAUUGCCAUUUUUAUUGAAGACCUAUUUAAAUGAUUGUGUCUUGUGUUCACUUGCCAGUUUUACUAACCGGAACGCAUUCCAUCAAUUCCAAACGUACGUACAAAUGCACUAAAGAUGGUAUUUCUACCGAUAAUUAAUGGUCUGCCCAAACUGCUUCGCGACAACCUUGACGAUUCCAGUCAAAUGGUACCCAGUGACACCACCUUUCUGGUUGAGGGCCACAACAAAGAUACUUCUGGCAAGAGAUAAAAGAAUCCGUUUUUUAAUGGAAAAGUAACAUCGUUUGCGUAUCGUAAAAGGCGUUUUUUUUAAUUUACCUAUCACGAAACAACGACGAUAAGAUGUCUGUAACGGCAGAAGCGUCGGGGGCCAUCAAGAAAGAAUGUUCCUUGACAUUCUGUGACAGUGACUAGUGCCACAUGCAAACCGUUCUUUGAUAUGUAACAUUAAUUAUUCGGUGUUCGUUUUCGGUGAGCUGUUUGCUUCAGAUGACUCACGCAUAGGUGCAGAAUCUGAACCGAACGAACGAACGCUAACCGGAUGAUCUCGUUGACGAGGAAGAUUGAUGCAGUAAACAUAUUCUCGGGCAGACGAUCGCGUCCGUGCGUGCGCUACUGUUGUUGCUACCGAGUGGCGGAUGAAAUCGAAAGUGUCGCGUUGGGACGCAUCCAUAAAUUGAGGUAAAACCUGCAAAUGUCGGCGUUGCACCACCCUACGCCACAGACAACGGACGUUCUAAAUGGUUUGGGUGCGCCUCACGCAAAUGGCAUGCUGCAACGCCACUAAAUACCUCGCAAAGUGGCUCCCAUUUUGUUUGCCACACUCAACAACAACAUACCAGAAGGCAGCAGCAGCAGGUCAAUAUCUUUAAAUUGCACAAUUAAGAGAGCAAAGCGUACAGGUGGCAAACGAUGGAGAGGAGACAAAAACAAAAUGUUAACUUAACCAAUGCAGUUUGGGAAGAUGUAAACGAGGCAGAACUGAUUUUGUGAAACUGAUUGAAAUGUUUAAUUAGAUGCACCAGUAUACAAUAUUUUGAUAAUAAAGUAUAAAUUAGGUAAAAACUAAA